AUGGUGGCUCGGCCGUACCAUUACGUCUCAUCUUCUAAGAAGGAAUUACUGGAUGCUCCGGAUCCGAUACAGGGAGCUGUUCACCCUGAGGAACUACUACAGUCUAAAGACAGAGGGGCCCAAGCCACCAAAGGUGACAUCAUGAACCUGAUGGUUCACAUACACACCUUCUUCCAUGCCAACCUGGCAGUGGUACAGGAGGAACUAAUGGCAGUCACAGACAGGGUAAAAGCAAUGGAGAAAGAUGUGUCCUCCCUCUCUCAGCACCAAGCAGAUGUAGUGGAGCAGAUCAGACACCUACAGGCCUCACAUAAGGCUAUACAGGCCCGACUGGAGACUAUGGAUGAUGCGCGUCUGUGCAACAACCUCAAAAUUUAG